UACUUUCUCUGCAGUUCCGGCUGAGAUGCCGUUCGCGACGUGUCGUGCAUUCCGCUGCUGUCACGUGCUGGCCGAGGUUUUCGUUGCAGCCGUCGUGAUGAUGCUGCCGCCGUGACGCCACAUCAUCAUGGCGUAACUGUCGCCUGUUCCACCUGCGGGGCAGUCUUCGAUGCCAUCCCUCGGCGUUGUCCGACCACGUCGACACAGCCGUCGUCGAACGCCUUAUCCUAAGUGGAGGAGCCAUGGAAGAGGGAGAAGAGCGCAGAGGGACUCUGGUAGACGACAUGGUGGCGCUAAUGUCGUCUGGGCACGCUGCUGACGUCACCAUCAUGGUGGACGGCUUCUGGCUGCCCGCACACAGAGCUGUGCUGACGGCGCGCAGCACUGUGUUCGCCGCCAUUUUCCGAGAGCAGGUGCUGGAAGUUACUGGCGGCAGCAUCACUGCCAUCGAUAUGAGCCACGAGGUGCUGGGGCAGCUCCUGCAGUUCAUGUACAGCGACGAAGCGCCCCUGCUGGAAUGUGUCGCCGCAGAGCUUCUCGCAGUUGCCGACAAAUACUGCGUGUCCCUGCUGAAGCAGCAGUGCGAGGAGCAGAUGAUUUUCGGACUGACCGUGGAUAAUGCUGCAGACAGCGCCGUCCUCGCCUUUGAACAUACGUGCCCAAGGCUGAAGGCGGCGGCCAUCAACUUCAUCAGCUCGCACUAUAAAGAAGUUAUGGCUACAGAGGGAUGGACGAACGCCCUGCGGCACCACACUGAAGUCAGUGUGGAGAUCUGUCGUCUGCUGGGGGACGCUACAACUCUAGAGGCAGAAUGCGAGACUGAAGAACCAGCAGAGGGGGAAGAUGCCGAGGGCAGGCUGGCGGGCGACCUGCUGGCGCUGCUGGCUUCUGGCGUGUGCAGCGACGUCACGCUCAUGGUGGGCGGGGUCGCGCUGGCCGCUCACAGGGCGGUGUUGGCGGCUCGCAGCCCCGUCCUCGCCGAGAAGCUGACCGACCUCCCGGGCGGCAUCCUGCACGUAGCCGGGGCGCCGGAACAGGAGGUGCGCCAGGCGCUGCGCUACGUGUACAGCGACCAGCUGCCGCCCCCGGCGAGCAUCACAGUCGAGCUCUUGGCACUCGCCGACGACUACGGGCUGCGUGUUCUGAAGGAGUACUGUGAAAAGCACUUGGCAGACGGCAUCACUGUUGACAACGCAGUGUCCGUGGCCAUCGUCGCCAUGAAACACUCCUUCACCUCGUUGAAGGACGCCAGUCUCGAUUUCAUCGGGGACAACAUCUUCGAGGUGAUGGGCACAGCCGGUUGGGCUACAGCGAUACACAGUGAGCCGGAGGCUGUCGCGGAAAUAAGCAAAAUCGUGUCAGCGGCACAAAGAUUACAGCUGGAAAGUUGUGGAGAAGAUAGUAGCGAAGACUGAGAUAGAAAGGAAAUAUGGCGUUUUGCUGGUAGGUACACUCCACAGCUAAGGUCAGUAACAACCCAGAAUGGGCAGCUUCAACAAACAGAAGUAGUCCAAGGGGAUAGCCAUCAAGCUGGUGGAUCAGGACAUGCAGAAAGCCUUUGGAAUCACCUGGCAGAGGACAGAUGAAGAACACUCUAGCUGGGAACAACUGAUAAAAAUGUACCUCAACAUGUGAUCUGAAGAGACCCAAUCAUAUUGUAGGAGAAAUGGCUGCUGAUCAUCAUGAGAAAUCGUCAUUCUCAAUGUGAUAUCCAUUUUUGAAUGAAGGACUCUUCCUGACUUACCUAUGUUUUCCGAUUUUCAGCUGUAUGUUUCCAUUAGACCAUCGUCUGGGUCUUUUGAUAUCUUUUGGAAUAAAUAUAAUUUCCUUGUUUGAUCUGCCAUCCAUCACAUAUAUUCGAUUGUUGCUAGUAAAAAUUCAAUUUAUUGAACCAAAAGUACCUUACUGUUCAUUUACAUUCUGCAUAGUUUGUCACUGCCUUCAACUGAGAUAAGAACAAAAGCUUAUCAACUGAUUGAAUGAAAUCAAAUCAUUUUUAAUUUAUGCAAAUUUAUGUUUGAGGUUAUAUUUGUAUAAUAUUCUAGUAUAGUAAUGAAAUUUCUAUUCGUCCUUCAAUUCAAUUAAAAUUAAGCUUAGCUGUUGAUUGUUGAAACAGACAUGCAUUCAAAGCAAACAGUACAGUAUCCUCCACAAGCUGUAGGUUGUUCAAGCAGUUAUCCAUAACUUCUAAUUCCUCUUUUCUAUCCCAUUUAAACAAUGUGAAAUCCCUCUGCCCCCUAGUGCUGUUAAUUUUAGCUAUGGUGAUACGACAUCUCCUGGUGUGUCUCCUCUUUCAGUUCCGAAUUUCCUUCUAUACGGAUGAAAUUCGAGGUGUGACAGUAACAUAAUGGGACUGAUACUGUAGAAUAUUUUAUUUAAAAAACAUACAUGUGUAGUUAUUGUCACCCUCAACAUACUAUUCUCCUUUGUCCCUACAAUGCUCCUUGUGAAUGUUCCAUCAAUGUAAACAGUGGUGGAAAUCUUUCCCUGUGAGCUCCAGACUGAAAUCUUGUUCCUUUUAACGCAGAUUUGAUCUUGCGGAAUAGAUAAGUCACUUGGUGCUAGAUCAGACGAAUAAGGUAGGUAAUCUAACACUGAAAUGCUGUUCUUUGCUAGAAACCUCUUUUAGCCUGUGGAUUGUCUUGAUGUAGAACCCAUGACCUGUUCUUCCACAGUUUAGUUCAUUCUAUUAUUCCCUGUUGGAGUUGAGCAAGUACCGCAAGGUAGUAAUGUUGAUUAAUAGUGGGGAUACACAAUUCUAUGAAUAUUGAAAAAUAAGGCAAUCAUCAUCACUCUGAAUCUUGAUUUGCUAACUGGAGCUUCUUUCACUUUCAGUAAAGUUGGCCCUUCCACUGUAUGGAUUGGCGCUUAAUUUCUGUAAGUCAAAAACCAAGAUUUUGUCACAUGUUUUCACCCUUUCCAAGAAAGUAGGACAUUUUCAGUGGUACUCAGGUUGUCAGUACAAACAUUUUCACCAACUUCUUUUUGUUCAUCAUGUGAAUCUUUGGAACUAGUUUUGCUUAAACUUUUGUCACAUUAAAUUGGAUAUGAAAAAUUUGUAUUAGGUAUUCAUCAACAAUUACUACAGUUCCAGCAAUCAAUCGAAUAUUCAACUGAUGGUCAGAUCGAAUCCUAUUGCUUACUUUUUGAUAUAUUCAUCUGUUUUUGAUACUGACAGGUGUCCUAGUCGUGAGACAUCUUCAGCAUCUUAGAAACGGUUGAACUACUCAAAAACUCAUGUACAACAGAAACAGUGUUAGCCUCGUACUUCUUUUAGUGAAAGAUACGUUGCAAUAGCAGUUUUUCGAAGUUAUAUGUGAAACUUCAGAACAAUUACUUGCUCUAUUAGUACAGUUAUCAUUUUUCUGGCAAAACAAAGUAACAGCUCUUACACAAACAAAGGCAAUGGCCACGCACAAUGUCUGCAGACAUUAGAGAUGAUGUAUUCGACUUAGACAGUAUCUUGGUUAAUAGCUACUGGCUAUUCAUCUUCAGAACAUGUGUGUCCUGUUAUUUUGUAGCCACACCUCAUACUAUGGAAUCUGUGUUCUUCAGCAUAUAAACAGAAACUAAAUCACAUCUGGUUUCUCAAAGGAUAUUAGGACAAUAUUCCUACAAAAUUGCUAGUUGAAAAUAAUUUUCUAUUUUUAGAUUACCUUUAUUUCAAAAUCACCAUUUUUUGUGACAUGUUUAUAAUAUUAUUUUCUAAGAUUAUUAACUUAUUACUCGUAUUCCAUAGUACAUUUCU